AUGGGCGGCCAGCCCGCGGGUCCCGCGGGGGACACCCCGCAGGUGGACACCGCGGAGAACGUCCAGAUCUCGUCGCUCGCGCUUCUCAAGAUGCUGAAGCACGGCGCGCGCGCCGGCGUCCCCAUGGAGGUGAUGGGGCUGAUGCUCGGGCAGUUCGUGGACGACUACACCGUGAAAGUCGUGGACGUGUUCGCGAUGCCGCAGAGCGGCACCGGCGUCUCCGUCGAGGCCGUGGACCCGGUGUUCCAGACGAAGAUGCUCGAGAUGUUGAAACAGACGGGAAGAGAGGAGAUGGUCGUCGGGUGGUAUCACAGCCACCCCGGGUUCGGGUGCUGGCUCUCGGGCGUGGACAUCAACACGCAGCAGGCGUUCGAGCAGUUGAACCCGCGGUUGGUGUCGAUCGUGAUCGACCCGGUGCAGUCCGUGAAAGGGAAGGUCGUCAUCGACGCGUUCCGGUUGAUCAACCCGCAGACGAUCAUGCUCGGGCAGGAGCCGCGGCAGACGACGUCGAACCUCGGACACCUGAACAAGCCGUCGAUCCAGGCGUUGAUCCACGGGCUGAACCGACACUACUACAGCAUCAACAUCUCGUACCGAAAGAACGAGCUCGAGGAGAAGAUGCUCCUGAACUUGAACAAAAACAAGUGGUCCGAGGGGCUGCGCCUGGAGCGGUUCGAUAAGCACGGCGAGAGCAACGAGAAGGUUGUCCAGGAGCUGAAGGGACUCGCGGAUCGAUACGAAAAAGCCGUCGCGGAGGAGGACGCGCUCACCGCGGCGGAGCUGCUCGUGAAGAACGUCGGGAGGCAAGACGCGAAGAAGCACCUCACGGAGAACGUUCGGAAGCUCAUGAGCGAUAACAUCGUGCAGACGCUCGGGAGCAUGCUGGACACGAUAUGCUUUUAAGCGAGCGGGGAGAGCGCGCGCGGAGAGGGAAGAGAGGGGUUUCGACGGAGCGUCGUCAGUCGACGACGACGCGACGAGGGUCAGCCGCGCCGUCGCGGGCGAGGCGAGGGCGCGUCUCGCGGCCGGCGCGGUGUUAAUGAUGAAUCCAAAUUAGUUUUACCAACCCG